CUCGUCCCGGCGGCGGGGGACGCGGGGAGAGCGGCGGCUGCGCGCCGGCGGAGCUUUGUGUUGUUCUUGGAAAGUUUCGCACCACUUGUGAAUUCCCUGAACCUUGGCCUUGCCGGCCCCCUUGUGUUGGGCCCUCCUCCUUUUCAGCUUGCCCAAAUUAAGACCCACUUGGCUCUCCAGCGCUCGGCUGCCGGCGGCGGGCGGGCGCCUCCCCGCGCUGGCGUCCGCCGGGCAUUGCUGAAAGACGCAAUGUUUAGCCCCAGAGGAACCUUGCCCCCGAGGCCCAGAGGACCCAACCCGGCGGGCGCCAAACCCCCGGCGGCGUUCGGGGCCGGAGGCGCGGCGGGGCCGCCCAGGAAAGCCGCGCCCGCGACGCCCCAAGGAGCGCCCCAGAGGUUCUCGGGGCAGGAGUGGACGGGUUCGCAGAGGAUCAACGUCCGCGUCACGCUGCACAGGGCCGAUCCCAGGAAAGUCAAGGAGAAGAGCGGCCUGCACCAGGAGCCGAAGGGAGACCCCCGUGCCACUCGCUGGGAUGGCGGCCCCUGCCCCGCCGGCACCGCCGGCCCGAAGCCGCCCGGCCCGGCGCCGGUCUUGGAGCAGAACUCCAACCCCCAGAACCGCUACACGCCCGAAAGCGCCUCCAGCAUUUUAGCGAGCUUCGGGCUGUCCAACGAGGACCUGGAGGAGCUGAGCCGCUACCCCGACGACCAGCUGACGCCCGAGAACAUGCCGCGGAUCCUGCGGGAGAUCCGCAUCCGCAAGAUGGGCCACGCCGUGCCCGGCCUGCACGCUGCGAGCCGGGGGGAGGAGCCGGCGGGCGAGAGCGGCGGCGCCGCCGUCAAGAGCAAAGUGAUCGACUACGGCCACGCCAGCAAGUACGGCUACACCGAGGACCCGCUGGAGAUCCGCACCUACAACCCCGAGGCGCUGCCCGAGGAGCCGCUGGAAGCGCGCGUCUUCAAUCCCGAAAGCUCGAGCGCGGAGAACCGGGAAGAAUUCCAGCGGGAGCAGAGCGUGCCGGCGGCCGUCCCGCCGCCCAACGUGCCCAACGUCCCCAACGUGCCCAACGUGCCGUGCAACCCCGUGUUCCCGGCCGAAGACCUCAUCAAGCUGCCGGCCUUCCCCGCCGACUCCUCGCCCGCUCCGUCGUUUUUCCCGGCCGAGCCGCCGGCCAAGGUGCCGGUGCUGUGCGGCGCCGCGCCCGCCGUGCUGCCGGUGGUGAAGCCGGCGUCCCAGCCGCCCAUGCCGCCGGUGCUGCCGCCCAUCCUGCCGGCGCUGCUGCCCACGCCGCUGCCGCAGCCCAUGCUGCCCCCGGUGAUGCCGCCGCUGGUCCAGCCGCCCGUGACCCAGCACGUGUUGCCGCCCUUGACGCCGCCGCCCUUCUCGGCCGGGCUCCUGGCCGCCAUCAGCCAGCACGAGCAGAAGCAGCGCGACGCUGGCAGCGCCCAUCCCGGGCCCAGCGCCCAUCCCGGGCCUAGCGCCCAUCCUGGGCCUAGCACCCAUCCCGGGCCCAGCGCCCAUCCAGGCCCCAGCGCCCACCCUGGCCCCAGCGCCCAUCCUGGCCCCAGCGCCCAUCACGGCCCCAGCGCCCAUCCUGGCCCCAGCGCCCAUCAUGGCCCCAGCGCCCAUCACGGCCCCAGCGCCCAUCAUGGCCCCAGCACCACCGGCGGGGCCCCGGCGGGACACAAACCCUACCACAAACCCUACCACUCACCCGCACAGGAGCCCAUCAAAUCCCCGUUCGGGGUGGUGAAGGCGUCCUGGCUGCCCGUGUUCCCCGAGAAGAGCAAACGCCUGCCCACCCCGUCCAUGAUGAACGACUACUAUGCCACGUCGCCGCGAAUAUUCCCACAUUUGUGUUCUCUGUGUAACCUUGAGUGCACUCAUAUGAAGGAUUGGAUCCUGCACCAGAACAACCCCGAGCACCUCGAGAGCUGCCGCAGGCUGCGCCAACAAUAUCCCGAGUGGAAUCCUGAGGCUCACUCCUCCAGCAGGCAUGGCGCCGAGCGCAAGGAGAACCGCACCCCGCGCCGCCGCUCGCCGUCCCCGCCCGGCCCGGCCCGCC